AUGACUGCUCAAGCAUUUAUUAGAGCAUUGAAAAGGUUCACCUCUCGAAGAGGACUUCCAUCCUUGAUUGUAUCUGAUAACAGUAAAACCUUUAAGUCCUCAGCUAAGACUCUUAUUGCCAUCUUUAAACACCCUGCUACUCAACAUUACCUCUCAGGAGUCAGGAUAGAAUGGCAAUUCAAUUUAGAGAAGGCCCCUUGGUGGGGAGGCAUGUUUGAAAGGUUGGUGGGCUCAAUGAAACGUUGUUUAAGAAAGACAGUUGGGAAAUCUAAACUGACCUUUGAUGAAUUAUCUACUGUUAUCACGGAAGUUGAGGGAGUAUUAAACUCCAGACCACUGUCAUUCGUAUCAACAGAAGAUCUAGAAGAGCCUCUCACCCCAGCUCAUUUUCUACUUGGUCGUAGAUCACUCAGUCUUCCAGACUCAUUCUGCUAUGGUGAAGAGUCAGAAGACAUCGAUAUUACCUCCUCAGCUCUUACUAAGCGAAUGAAACAUCUCAAUUCAACCCUCGAGCGAUUUUGGAGGAGAUGGACAAAUGAAUACUUGCUUGAGCUGAGGGAAGCACACAGAUAUAGUAAGGGAAGUAGAAACAGUAGUAUUCCUACUGUUGGAGACAUUGUACUAGUGCAUGAUGAGGACAAGCCACGGGGAUUUUGGAAACUCUCUAGAAUAAUGGAAUUGAUUGUUGGCAGUGAUGGAAAAAUAAGAGGAGCUAUUGUAAGGAUUGGAAAUAAAAGGCUCAGGAGACCACUGCAGAAACUAUACCCUCUUGAGGUAUCACAACAAGAUCCCCCUGAUAGCUUGUCUGACUCAUCCAAUGUUACAUCUGACGUACUUACCGAUAUUACACCCCGUCGAUCGACUCGCUCUACUAACCAAAUGACCCUCGAUCGAAUGCAGGCUUGUCGAUUACAAUUUCUUGAUGACAAUUAA